AUUUUGAUACGAAAUAUAAACGUCAGAACCAACUACCAUCAAAAUCUAUUAGAACAUUCGUCUAUACCACCCACCGCAGCCGCGCUUCCCCAGCCGGUUCUGUUCGCCCACCAUAUGCUGGCCUACUUUGAAAUGUUCCAGCGUGACAUAAGUCGACUGGAGGACACUCGCCGACGGGCCGACGUUUUGCCCUUGGGCAGCGGCGCACUGGCUGGCGUACCCUACCCCACGGACAGGGAGUUUCUGGCCCGCGAGUUGGGAUUUUCAGCCAUCAGCGCCAACAGUAUGGAUGCGGUCUCUGACAGGGACUUUGUGGCGGAGUAUAUGGCAGCGGCGGCGCUGUGCAUGAUGCAUUUCUCCCGGAUGUCCGAGGAGCUGAUUCUCUGGUCCAGCGGUGAAUUUGGGUUCAUACGCCUGUCCGACGAGUUCACCACUGGCAGCAGCAUCAUGCCGCAGAAGCGGAACCCCGAUUUUGCCGAGCUGGCCCGGGGAAAGACCGGGCGUGUCUACGGCAAUCUGAUGGGACUGUUGACCACGCUGAAAGGCCUGCCGCUUACAUAUAACCGGGAUCUGCAGGAGGACAAAGAGGGUUUCUUCGACACCGUGGACACCCUGCAGACAACCAUUGAGGUGUUCACUGCCAUGCUCCCGGGGCUAACGCUGCAGACGGACAGGGUGGAGUCGCUGGCUGGCGAGAGCGGCAUGCUGGCCACCGACCUGGCCGAUUACCUGGUGGUAAAGGGAGUACCCUUCCGCGAAGCACACGGCAUCAUGCGGGAGUUGUGCCGGGCGUGCGACGAGCGAGGCAUCGGACUUCAGCAACUGCCACUUCAGGAAUACCACAGGUAUUCCCCACUCUUCGAGGCCGACGUUUACGGCAUCACAGCGGAGGGUUCUGCAGCCGCCCGCAAUAUACCCGGUGGCACCGCGCCGGAUCGAGUAGCCGAAGCGCUGGCACAAGCGGGAACAGGUACUGGAGGCAUCGAGCAUUGCAACAAGCGGUUAAUGAGGCAAGGGUGCUCAUCGCUCCGUCGGUGCUGUCGGCCGAUUUCGGGCGGCUGGCCGAGCAGGUGCAGGCAGUCACAGAGGCCGGGGCCGACCUGA